AGUGCGAAAUUAUACGUCAAAAGAACAUUUAUUGCUUUCCUUUAUUGUCUUCCUAUCCUUCCGCGUCGCUGACGGGCUAAACCGGUCACACUCACCGCGUUCGUCGCCAACUGUCGUUUUACUCUCCUUUUCCUACAAGUCUCCACAAGAGAACUCAACUCGGUUUCAGUCUGCGGGUUAAACUUCUCACUCGGUAAGCUCCCUUCUUCAAUCAUAGCCUUUCCAUAAACACAACGCAUGAUCGCAUGCUCUUCUUCAUUAAAAUGCUUUCCCGUUUUAUCCCUGAUAUUUCUCACCGUUUUCCCAUCUUCUCCUCUCUCCCCAAAUCCAAAACCCUCAUCGGAGCCAACCACACCUCUGCUCGCUUCUGCUCCCGCUAACUAAUCUUUUUCAUCCGUCAGUAUAUUUACAGGAUAAAGGAGUUUUAGUUUCAUUUGUUCAAUUUUUUGGAUUGAUUUUUUUUUAGGAAUUUUAUUUUAUACGAAAUAUGAUGGAGCCCACCUUGGGGAAGCCUAGUUUUCUGAGGAAUGUUCUGGUACGGCUGUUUCUAUUCGGUGUUUUAAUCAUAGUCGUUCGAUUCGCUUACGUUGUUACCAUCACCGGUGAAUCAUGCAAUCUCGGUGACUUUUGUUUCCUUUCGUUGCCGGAAAAUUUCAAACUUGUUGUUCCCAGUGCGGGUUCCAGAGUUUCGGUGAUAGCUGCUAACAAAGUCAUCGGAUCUAAUCAGGCGGGUCCCAGUGUUCAGGAUCUGUACACCAGCAAAGAGUGGAUCAAGGCCGUCCAAUUUUACUCAUCGGUUUUCCAGCGUCUGAUUUCGGAAGGUUACCUUUAUUCAAACGCUAAAUCGUUGUGCGUGGAAACUCAGUACGGCCAGGAAGUGUACGCCUUGAAAGAGAUUGGAGUAGAGGACUCGAUUGGAAUUUUUCGGAAAUCGUCGAAGCCGCUGGUAAUUACCGGGGAGGGGCACCGGAUACCGUUCAAAAGUGACACCUUUGACUUCAUCUUCGUCGGUGGGGCCAGACUGGACAAGUCGUCUAAGCCAUUGGAUUUUGCAGCGGAGAUCGUACGGACACUGAAACCCGAAGGGUUUGUGGUGGUCCAUGUGAAGGCUAAAGAUAGGUAUAGUUUCAUUUCAUUUGUUGAUUUAUUCAAUUCUUCCUGUAGAGUAGUGAAAUCUCGUGAUAUAGAUGGCAUUGAUUCGUCAAUGCCUUAUAUUAGAGAAAUAGUCUUAAGGAAAGAGACUGAAAUUGAAAAUGAUAUCACUCUUGGUCACGGGUUGAGGAGAUUGAAUCAGCCCGAUGGCAAUUCGGACAUUAAGUGUUCGGUUCCUGGGUAUAAACAAGAACUAGUCCGGAAGGCUGAACCAUUGAUUCUCGAAGAGCCAUUGAAGCCAUGGAUUACAUUGAAGAGCAAUAUAAAGAAUAUAAAGUACUUAACAGCAAUGGCUGAUAUAAGUUUCAAGAACAGAUAUGUGUAUGUUGAUGUUGGAGCUCGGAGUUAUGGGUCCAGUAUAGGGAGUUGGUUUAGGAAGCAAUAUCCAAAACAGAACAGAACUUUUGAAGUGUAUGCAAUUGAGGCUGAUAAAACAUUUCAUGAAGAGUAUAAAGUGAAAAAAAAUGUUAAAUUGUUGCCUUUUGCCGCUUGGGUGAGAAAUGAGACCUUAUCUUUUGAAAUUAACCAUGACCCAGGUAAGGAGGUCAAGGUAAGAGGUCGAGGAAUGGGUAGAAUUCAGCCUGUACAAACAUCAUUGUCUGAUGGUGGUUUUGAUGGUGAAGUGGAUAUCAUUCAGGGGUUUGAUUUUGCGGAUUGGUUGAAGAAGACUGUAACGGAUAAGGAUUUUGUUGUAAUGAAGAUGGAUGUGGAAGGGACUGAGUUUGAUUUGAUUCCGAGGUUGUUCAAAACUGGGGCAAUAUGUUUGAUUGAUGAAAUCUUUCUUGAAUGUCAUUAUAAUAGGUGGCAAAGGUGUUGCCCUGGUCAGAGGAGUUCAAAGUAUGAGAAGACAUAUGAACAAUGUUUGAAUUUGUUCACUUCUCUUCGAAAAAGUGGUGUACUUGUUCAUCAAUGGUGGUGACCAGUAUUGAUUCCACACAUUCUCUGUAAUUUUUUCAAACCCAUAGAUUUUUUUUCUUGUACCUUUUUUGAUUAAAUUUUACAGUGAAAGUGUUAUAGGAUGGUCUCUUUAUAAACAUUUCUUUUGUUGUAAGAAUUGCAACUGCAAACGAAAAUUUCAUUACUCAAGUCUCCUUUGGUGGACAACUUAUAGAUAUCCGCAACUUUAAUAUGAUUUGUUGUACUAGACUACUAGCAGUGUUAUAGAACUAUUAAGUAGAGGUGAAAUUCUUUUAAGUGCUCUUAUGAGGCUCAAAUUUCUUUGAUCAAUGAAUGUUCCAGUUUGACAUGGUUUACCCAAA